AUGCAUAAAAUAUACAAGAAGAAGAGUGAAACGGAGUCAUCCAUGGAGUUGAAUGCAAUUGAUGACGUAGUAGAGGUGGAUUGUGUCAGGCCUAGUCUGAUUCCAAACGAAUUGGUCGAUGAACUGAAUGGGAUAAUUCGGGAUAUCCAGAAUAAACAGAAUGGUGUUGGAUUUAGGAGAAACAAAGAGAUCACAAUAAGCGUUGUCGUAAACGAUAAGAGAAAAGAGAAGAGGAGCAAGGAGCGAAGGAGGCUAAAGAAGAGAAUCAGGGAUUACAAUCAGAAAAUAUUGGAUGAGUGGAAUAUGCAGGAUGAAUUGGAAUAUGGGAACAGAAAUACGUUCAAUAGGAGAAUGUGGAUGGCAGUUGGUUUGAUUAUUGCCAUGGGCUCAUUGAUGAUACUGGGAUUCAUGAGCAUGUCUCGAUGA